UUAAUUAGUCAAAACUCAAAAGAAAUCUUAAACAAGCUGAAUGGCGCCGACCGCCGUCUCCUCUUUCCAACUCUUCUUCGCAAAAUCCAAGCAGUAGGGUUUAACACUCUCUUCCUCCUUUUUCUUCUUCACAAAACCCUCUGAUGGCACCAUAAAUCGUCAAGGUAAAUCAACAUGGAUUCCAUAUAAAUCACAACUUUGCUCUCUAUCUUCAAGGUUUGAUUACUUAAUCCCCUCCAAAUUUUGAUUUCUCCAGCUAGUUUUAAGUUAAUUUCAAGUUUCAUAUACAUGUUAAGAUCACUUUUGUUUCUGGGGUUUUGGCGUCUCAAUCAUACUCAUACUUUUGUCUGCUAUGCGUUGUUGCGCAACUUAUACACUACCCUUUUUACGCAAACUCCCCAAAAGGCUGGGUCUUUUUCACCAUUAUUAUGUAAAUCAUUCAGUUUCUUGUGUUCUUCAAACUUCUGAUACGAGUGAUGAUAACAAUUGUGAUGGCCCUAGUUCUAAGCAUUAUUGUGAUUAUUCUGUUGCACAUAGAGAGAUGAGAGAUUAUGCAAAGAUGGGCUGUGUUCAAAAGGCACUAGAGACUCUCAAUUCAUUUGGGUAUGCAGGGGGGAGGCCGUCGGUAUAUGAUUAUAAUGCUUUGAUUUAUAGCUAUUUGAAAUCCCGAAACGUGGUUUUUGAGGAAUUGGGUCGAGUCUGUUUCCAUAUGGAGGAAUUUGGGUUGUGCCCGAAUGCAUUAACAUAUGUUGGCCUAUUUAAUGGAAUGCUUCUGAUGAAUUGUUUGUUGGAUGCGUUGGUUGUCAUUGAGGACAUGCUUAGAAGUGGGUAUGCACCAUCCUUCUCUUCUCUGUCACAGUUGUUGAAAAGAUUAUUGAGAGUGGAGAAUUUGUCUGGUUCCAGGUAUGUUAUAGAGUUAAUGCUGGCAUUGAACUAUUCGCCAACGCAACUGUCGUUGAGUAUGUUGGUUUUGAAGCUUUGUAAAGUGGGCAAGAUACACGAGGCUUAUAGAGUUUUGAGUGCCUUACUAUGUAAAGAUCACUUUUGCACUCCACUUGUAUAUAAUCCAAUUUUGUGGGGUUUAUGUAAAUGUAACCGGAGUUCUAUUGCAUUGUCGUUGUUGUGUUCUUUGAAUAAGAGAGGGUUUGUACAUAAUGUGUGCACAUACACUGCGUUAGUGUACGGGCUGAGUAAGGAGAAAAUGUGGAAUGGAGUUUUUCAGGUAUUAAGGGAAAUGGAAAUUGUUGGGUGUAAACCAAAUUUAAUAACAUACACUGUCUUAAUUAAGUAUUUAUGCGAUGAUGGAAGGAUUCAGGAGGUGUUUGUCAUUCUUGCAAAUAUGGAGAAAGAAAAAUGCUACCCAGAUUUGGUGACAUAUAACAUCAUUCUUCGUGAGCUCUCUCAUCAGGACAGGGCAGUUGAAAUUAGUGAGCUGAUGUCUCUGAUGGAACAGAGGGGCUUAUCUCCCGAUCCAUUCACUAUAACUGCGUUGGCUGCUGGCAUGUUGAAGAAAGGAAAGCUAAGGAAUGCUAGUAAUUUUUUGCUUGAUGUUAUUUCACAGGGGUACAAUGUAGAUAUGGCUGUUUAUAACAUGUAUUUGCACUCAUUAUGCUUAGACAGUAGAUACGGAGAAGCAUUAUCUGUGAGUGAGAGUAAGACUAGUAAAGGUUUCACGCCAAACACCAUUUCAUACAAUACUAUUCUGAAUGGAAUUUGCUCUAAAGGUGAUCUUGAUGACGCUUUUAGGUUCCUAGAUAAGUUAAACUUAGCCACAGAUGGUCCAGACAUAGUUUCUUUUAACACAAUUUUGUCUGCAGCAUGCAAACAAGGGAACUCUUAUAUCAUUCAGAAGCUUCUGGAUUGCAUGGAAGAUAAAAAAAUAGAACUUAAUGUUGUAAGCAUGUCUUGUUUGAUUCAUUAUUUCUGUAGAGUUGGAAAAAUCUUCGAGUGCCUUAAGUUGUUGGAGAAGAUGGUGCAUGCUGGUCCUACUCCGAAUGUUGUGACUUAUAAUGCAGUCAUUGAUGGUCUAUGCAAGAACCACUUGCUUGGGACAGCUUGUAGAGUUCUUAGACAAUUUAAAAAUUCUGGAACAUUCCCUGAUACAACUACAUACAAUAUUCUCAUAAAAACAGCCUUGAAUGCUAAAGAAUAUGCGUUGGCUGAGGAGUUAUUGAAAGAUUUGUACUCCCAGGGAUUGGAACCUGGUGCAGUCACUUGUAGAUCCUUGAUUAGUGGCAUAUGUAAAGAUGGGAAUAUACGCGUCGCCCUUGAGCUUUGGAACCGAAUGCUUGCUGAUGGAUGCAAGCCAUCAGUUGACAUGUACAAUAUGAUAUUGAAGGCAAUGCUUCAAAAAAGGAUGUUUAGGGAUGUAUUUUUGUUACUAAAGGAUAUGCGAAUAAAUGGUUGUGAGCCUGAUGAUAUGUCAUAUGUGAUUCUGAAGCAUGUAUUCUCAGAGGAUGCGGAGAAGAAUUAUUUUCAGGCCAAAAAUCUCCCUGAGUAUGUAGUGUCAUAACUGUAUAACUGUAUAAGAGAGAUGCAACUUGAUAUAGUAGUAUUAUGCUGAGUGGUCUCAUCCUUCUCCACUGACACUGCUCGCUCUCCAAAGGAACAUAGUGUUAGCAGGUUGUAAGCAGUAGCAAAGUUGUGGAGUUCAAAAUUAUGGAGACACAAAGUCAACAGAGAAGUAUAAUUCCUUCCUGCAGUUCAAAUUUGAUGUCCCUUGCGCUUGUCAUGGAUUUGAGUCAUUUGGCUCAAAGAGCUUGGUCUUCCUAGCUGGUAAGACGUGGAGUCUGCCUUGGUACCAAUCAGAGAAAGUACAAUCCAAUUGCUUCAGAUUUAGCAAGGACACUGGCAUUAGAUAAGAUACGAGUCAUCAAAAUGAGAGAGCUCGUAGAGUCAUGGUUGUUUAGCGGUGUUCUCACUCUGCUGUUCAUUUUGGAGCUUAUAGGAUGAUUGUGAAUGAAUGUUAUAUUCCAGCAGUUGCGGGAUUAGCCAAUUCUGGUGCUACAGAUUGGCUUGAUGGAUUCCUUUCCAGGAAGAUGGGCAUUAAUUCUGUAGUCGGCUUCUGUUUAGAUCCUCUUGCAGAUAAGGUCUGCAACUACGCAUUUUGGUGGUGCAGGUUCUAGUUGGAUGUGUUGCUGUAGCAAUGGUAGAGGAAGGUCUUCUACUCCGUAAGUGGUCUAUCUGUUCACGUAUGGGUUAGGACUUUGGAAAAUCGUGUGAAUUUGAAAAUUCUUUUGUAUGCUUCUUUCUUUGUAAAGACAUGCAUUUGCUGACUUUACCGAGUACUCCGUAUUUCAGUACACGGUUCUUUGACUUUGGGUUUCAGCAACAACUUGCUGAAUAGUAAGCUGUGUUAACUGUUAUUCUGUUAAGAACAAAA